AAGCGACAAAUCCGGAUAAAUUCCCGAAAAUUUCGACGAUGAUCAUGGAUAUGGAAUGCAUUUCGACAAAGAUGAUGCGGAGCUUCGCGCUGCCAAAUGCCAUGCUCUCUUGAUUUACGGUUUAGCGCUCCUUGGACUUGGAAGAUAUGAAGAGGGGGGGUGAUAAACCCGCUGAGGGAAUUUACUACGAGCAAUUGAUCGAUAUGGCCAUCAAGGAGAAGGACUGGCAUUCUGCGGCUGCUUACAUUGACCGGUAUACUGCUCUUGAAUCAGGUCUUUCUGGUGGCUAUUGGGCGACUCGAGCUGCUCCGAUAGGGUUGAUCGAACGCAAUUCUCGUUGGAGCCUUUCCUAUCUACGCCUGCAGCAAUAUGAGAAGGCCGGUGGGCUUUUGAUCCAGGCAUAUGGUAACCUGGGGAAAUCGGAACGCGUACUCCGAGAAAGUGGACUCGAUCGAGCAGUUGGAAUUGACUCCAACAAAUCAGCGACUCUUUCGACAACCAGACGCCGCCCAGUGCCGCGCUCUCCUCCGCUUUACGUUCAAUGCUCCGCAUCACGUAGGCUGGAGAAUCGGUUCAAUCCCAAGUCGACAUGGACGCUUACGUGCGGGCGAUCGCAGCACGAGAAACUCUGAUCCCUUUCGAGAAUCUGAGUUCUGAGGAUCAGAUUCAGCUUCUUUGCAAACCUCUAGGAUUUGAGAUGGGACGCGGUCGCCUCGCUUUCGAUGAAUAUCUGGAAAUUACUGGGCAGAUUAUCUUUUUGUAUCUCACUCCGGAACAGCAACAAGGUCAUAUGGAUGGAUGAGUUGCGGAAGUCUCAGAUGAAGGAGAGCACAGGGGCACACGAUAUG